AUGAGGUUCAUGCAAUGCCCAUCUAUCCUUUCACUCACACUCGCCAUUAUUCUCCCCACCUUGUCAUUGGCCGUUGAAACCACGACUAGCGGCACCGGAGGAUGUAAACCAUCUACUUGGGAGCCCAGUACUCCUAUAGGUACUUUUCGUCACAAGCGGCCUAUGGCCACACCCAGUGUGCCGCGCAAGAAGGAGCUCGAGGCGGGAGAUAUCAACUGUCGGGGCUGGGGCCAAACAUAUGAGCACGUUGACGAAUCGACGUGCCAAAAACUGGCCGAUGACUAUCGCAUAGAUCUUGGUACCUUUUACGACCUAAAUCCGAUCCUGGAGGCAGACUGCAAGAGGAUCAGGCCCUACACAGAAUACUGUUACACAGGAUUUAUUGAACCACUGAGGGCUCAUGAUGGAAAGUGUGGUCCUUUGUACAACAAUGCCACUUGCCUUGGCACUGACAAAGCAUGUUGCAACACUGAAACUUGGACAUGUGGUAAUCGAGAACGAGACUGCACUCCAAGUCUCUGCUACAAGGGUGCCGGUAACUGCUUUCUCCGUGUCAUCGUCUCAACUGAUGGGAUAUGCGGUCUGGUGAAAGAUCGGCAUACUCUCCGUGUCUGUGGAGAAUGGGGGGAUUGCUGCAAUCUUCAAAACAAAUGCGGGUCGGGGCCUGACUUUUGUGGCAAAGGUGUCUGCCAAGCCGGCGAGUGUACUCACUCAGAUUGGCCAAUGGAUGAACGUCCUGAACAGCUCCCUUGGGAAUAUGGGGAGGGAGAUCCUUGA